ACCGUCGCAACAUGGACCAAAUCCUUCAAGGAGUGCUUCUAAGCGACAAGUCUGACGAUGAGAAGAAGCUAUGCAUUGACCACAUCUUGUCGUGCUCGUUGUCUCGAGAGCAACAUCUGAGCAUCAGUGGUAUCUGCUGGUCCUUGUGGCCGGAAGGCUCGACGCCAGCGCUGGCUUGUGUGCUCGUGCAUGCGUUGGGUCAACUGCCGAACCAGUUCAUCGUGUGUGCUCGAAGGUACCUGAACAACCCCGCCACAUCAGAAGACGACGCUUGCUUUCGCUGGAUGCAGAUGGAAACGCGGCACGCGGAGUGGAUUCCUGUGAUCAAGGUGCUGUUCUUGUUCCUGUCCAUGCGGCCAGCACAAACGUUAGGUCGUGUCGUGGCGGUGUUCCAGCAUUGUCCGUGCGUCCCGUUCUCGUCCUUUCUCGUGGUCAAAGAUCUGUACUUGAACACGGAAAAGCUCGCCAACAUCCUCAUCAAGUGCGGUCGGCUGCCCAUGGUGGGGCACACAUGCGCUUGGCUCAAGCAAGUCCUGCUGCUGCUGGUCCAUGGCGAGCAAUGGCCCGUGCUGCUCACCGGCGGCAACGACGUCAUUCUCAGCGUUGCUGAGCAACUUCAAAGCGCCGACACCGUGCACGGCAGCCUCGUCGUGCUGGAAACGAUCUUCCUCGGCUUCCAAGAGAACGCCGACGUGUUCUUGGCGUUUUUCCCUCACUUUUACGACCGUGUGGCGCCGUGGGUCACUACUCCGCCCUCGGCCUUGCCACACAGUACAUUAGUGUACCUGCAUGAGUUCCUCCAGGGGCUGCUCUUCGCCUUCCCCGGUCAUCCGUUCGUUCAAGCCAAGCUCCGCCACCUUUGCACGUUGCUUCCUCCACUCUCAACCUUCGACGUUGAGGCUUUUGUCGAAGACCUACGCUGGACAAACUGCAAACAAGGCCACGAGUCUCCGUUUGCAACUAUCGACAGCCAAAUUUCCCCGUCAGACUACUCGCCGAGCGCGACCCGUCGCCAUGCCGACGAUAUUCCAGGCUUUGUAGGCCUGCGGAACGUUGGCAACACUUGUUACAUGAACUCUGUGCUUCAGGGACUGUAUCACACACUUGCCGUGCGAUCGCUUGCCGUGGCCAGCUUGACCACAACCUCGACCAAACUCAAACGAAGACUCGGCGCUGACACCACCACGACGACUAGUACUAGUACUACUAGUAGUAAUCGUAGUAGUAGCUCAGUGGCGACCGAAUUUUUCCAUUUGGUGCGGCAAAUGCACGCUCAAGGCAGUGGUUGUGUGGACGUGAAGCACGUGACUCGGUUUCGCGCGACGUUGGCCGCUGAGUUUCAAACCAGCCGACAACAAGAUGCAUCCGAGUUUUUGCAUUAUGUGUGGGACCACGUCACAGCACGUCGUGACCCCGCCCCAGCGUGGAAGGACUCGGUGUUCACUGGCAAGUAUGCGCGACACAUCACGUGCAGCCGAUGUCACGCAGUGUCGACGACUACGGAGGAGUUCUUGGACAUCCCCGUGCCAGUGCCGACGGCGGCGGCGAUCGGCCCGCCGCUGCCGCUGCUGACGUUGCUUCGCGCCCAGUUUGCCACCGAAUCCUUGACAGGCGCAAAUGCCUACUUUUGUGAUGGGUGCCACGACCGCGUGGACGCAACGAAACGAACGGUGGUCGCCGAUGCCCCGUCUCAUUUAUUGGUCACGAUGAGUCGAUUCCAGUACAACCUCCAACGAGGCGUGCGAGAAAAGGUGUGCACCCCCGUCGCGUGCACGACCUCGCUCCACCUUCCCGUCCACAACAACGUCGACGUUGGCCUCCCCUCCAACCUCGGCGGUGAUCACGUCACGUACGAUCUGUACGCCGCCACCAUCCACGCCGGCAGCCGCGCCGACCAUGGCCAUUAUUACACGUUUGCUCGGCACGAGGAACGUUGGGUGCUGCUGAACGACAGCCGCGUGACGAGUGUGGACGAAGGCCUGGUCCACCACACGUUGAUGCAGUCCACGACUGAUACCCCGUACAUCCUCUGGUAUCGACGCCGAAACGCAUGAACCAUUGGUACAUGGAACAAUUGAUGCCCCAUAUAUAUAUAUAUAUAUAU